AUGGCCUGCUUAGAACUCUCCAAAGAGGUAAAGUUCAAAGAUGACACAGAAGAGCUAACUCUUGAUGGAAGUGUUGAUUGGCAUGGUCGCCCUGCAAUCAGAGCCAAAUCUGGGAGAUGGGUUGCUGGAACCAUUGUAUUGUUGAACCAAGGUCUAGCAACCUUAGCAUUCUUCGGAGUAGGGGUGAACCUAGUGUUGUUCCUGACAAGAGUGAUGGGACAAAAUAAUGCUGAUGCUGCAAACAAUGUGAGCAAAUGGACUGGCACAGUUUAUAUCUUCUCUCUUGUGGGCGCUUUUUUAAGUGAUUCUUACUGGGGAAGAUACAAAACUUGUGCCAUCUUUCAGGUCAUCUUUGUAAUUGGUCUAGUGUCCUUGUCUCUUUCAUCAUACCUCUCCUUGAUUAGGCCAAUAGGUUGUGGGAAUGAAACAAUUCCAUGUGCCAAACAUUCAAGCAUGGAGAUGGGGAUGUUCUACCUCUCAAUCUAUCUCAUUGCUUUAGGGAAUGGAGGGUAUCAGCCAAAUAUUGCCACAUUUGGAGCUGACCAAUUUGACGAGGAGCACUCAAGGGAGGGUUACUCAAAGGUUGCCUUCUUUAGCUACUUCUACCUAGCUUUGAACCUUGGUUCACUCUUCUCAAACACAAUUCUAGGCUAUUUUGAAGAUGAAGGAUUGUGGGCACUUGGGUUCUGGGUGUCUGCAGGUUCUGCUUUUGCUGCUCUUGUCUUAUUUCUUCUUGGGACUCCAAGAUAUAGACACUUCAAACCCAGUGGCAAUCCUCUAUCAAGGUUCGGCCAAGUCCUUGUUGCUGCAUCAAGGAAAUGGGGAGCUCAGAUGACAUCAAAUGAAGAGGAUCUAUAUGUCAUGGAUGAAAAAGAAUCUCCCACUAACGGCAACAGAAAGAUUCUCCACACGAACGGGUUCAAGUUUCUGGACAGAGCAGCAUUUAUAUCUUCCAGAGAUCUAGAAGACCAAAAGAGAGGCCUUCAUAACCCCUGGCGUCUCUGCCCUAUAACUCAAGUUGAAGAAGUCAAGUGUAUACUAAGACUUCUUCCAAUUUGGCUCUGUACCAUAAUAUACUCAGUGGUUUUCACACAGAUGGCUUCUCUUUUUGUGGAGCAAGGGGCUGCCAUGAAAACUACAAUUUCCCAUUUCAGAAUACCACCUGCAAGCAUGUCUAGCUUUGACAUCGUCAGUGUAGCUGUCUUCAUUUUCUUCUACCGUCGAGUGAUUGAUCCACUUGUUGGAAGACUUAAAAAAACAAGUUCCAAGGGACUUACUGAGCUUCAGAGAAUGGGAAUUGGGCUUGUUAUAGCUGUAAUGGCAAUGGUUUCAGCUGGAAUAGUUGAAUGCUACAGGCUUAAGUAUGCCAAAGCAGGAUGCCCCCAUUGCAGUGGUACAAGCUCUCUAAGCAUCUUCUGGCAAAUUCCUCAGUAUGCACUUAUUGGAGCUUCGGAGGUUUUUAUGUAUGUAGGUCAGUUAGAGUUCUUCAAUGCUCAGACACCAGAUGGCUUAAAGAGCUUUGGAAGCGCCCUUUGCAUGACUUCCAUCUCACUUGGGAACUAUGUAAGUAGCUUACUUGUUAGCAUAGUUAUGAAGAUCUCCACCGAGGAUCACAUGCCAGGAUGGAUCCCAGGAAACUUAAACAGAGGUCACCUAGAUAGGUUUUACUUCCUCUUAGCUGCCUUGACAUCAAUAGACUUGAUAGUUUAUAUUGUAUGUGCAAAGUGGUUCAAGAGUAUACAGCUGGAAGGGAAGUAUGAGGAGAAUGAUAUGCCUGGUAGCUAUAAAGUAUAA